UGACUCUCCCUUGCCAGUGACUUCACGUGUCUGUUUUGUAAAGUUCCUUGAAUCUGAAUCGGUGGGAGUGUCUCAGCAUUUGACAAACACAGUCUUCGUGGACAGAGCCUUGAUUGUCGUCCCUUAUGCUGAAGGUUGGUGCUUUAUGUUUGCUCUUCCCUGUUCAUCUUUGUUUAAAAAAAAUUGCACAACUGUAGGGUGAAACGUAGUGCUCCUAAUGGACCCUUGGUAUACAGCAGAAUGGAUGGAUCAUUCAACAGGUUGGGUUCCUUCAUGGAGCUGCAGUUAUUUGGGGCAGUAGAUUGUAUAAUGUUUCAGUAAAGAUUUCCAGAACCGUAAUACUGCAUGUGCUUUUGCCAGAUUUAGGAUCAUAUAUAUCUGGUAUGACUUGUGAAUUGCCGUCUAGGCUGCAUGUAAGUCCAUGCUGUAUACCAAGGUCUGGAACUGGGUUUGCUUGGAAAAUCAUAGUGAGACUGUGGCCAUGGACUCUCAUAGGGGGUGAAUCUAACUUUCAUGUGUAACCAUGCUCUUCCAAUUUAGAUUAUUCACUAUUAAACUUUUCUCUGUUAUUUGUGUGUGUGAUUUUUGUAGUGGAGAAGGCAAUUGCAGAGCCCCCUCCUUGAUGACUGAAACUGCUCCUCUGCAGCCAACAGGGGAUUGUAGACAAUUACAAAACGCCAGCAAGCAUUCAAGCCCCCCCACUGUUUUCCUGGUGUAAACACUUAACUCUCUUCUCUUGUUUUUUGUGUUUUAGCCCGUUUUCAUCCAAAGGGGAUAAAGCAAAUUUCAGAAGUCAGUUUGGUAUAAUGAAAGCAUGGCAAUACUUUUGUAUGCCAUAUAGAAUCACUUGUUUUUGGAAACACAUGGGAUAUUUUAUGCAUAUUUGAAUCACAUGGUUUUCAGGAAUAUAAAUAUGAACUCUUGCAGUUUGGUUUGAAAUUAAUUCAUGGGUUAAUAUUUUUAAACCCUCAAUUAAAUUUAAUCUGGAGUUAGUUUGGGACACGCAGAGUAUGAUACUGAAAUUGUGCACUGAAGUUUUGCUUGUUUUAGUACUUCUGGUUCGUAUGGGGGAACAAUUUGCCUAUUUUAUUCCGCCUUCAUUUGCCCUGAGUAAACAUCGCCAACGCGAACAGGGGUGCUGAUUUGCAUUUGCUGGUAUUUUUGUUGGAAUUUACUGCUCGUUUAAAUUUGUGCUUUGUGAAAACUAAGUUGCUGCAUGUGGCAGAAUCUGUUAUUUAUACAAACUCUCCCCCAAACUCUGGGACGCAUAUCCAAGUGGUAUUUGCACUGACGCAUUGCAGUAUUGUGGUGUAAAGUCCUUAUUAGUCCACCCCACAUGACGCGAACAAAGGGUCUGAUACCAUUUUUAACGGUGGUUUUUCUUUUUUGUUGUUGUGUUUUACAGUUCUUUUUCCUGGUUCAGCCAGUCAUAUACCAGGCCCUGCUGAAAAUACCACCCAACAGUUUUGUCUUCAGCAGCUAAUCCUGUUUCUCAAGUGGCCUUUCUGUGUUGUGUGUCUGUAAAGAUGACAGUGUUUGAAGUGAAAUUGAUUUCAGAUUUAUGCACACCCAUGGAUCAUCUCAUAAGAUUGCGUUCAUUUUUCUUUUGUUUUGUUUUUUGUCUUCAGCAUUGGGAACAUGUGCUGCUAUAACCAUGGCUUUUGCUGGCUCUUACCCCUAAUUCUCGAGGGCUAGUGUUCUUGGCUUUUAUAUCUGGCAUGUAAAACAAAUGCCUGGUCUUCUCUACACUACAUUACUUAAACUAAAGGGUAAAGGUAAAUAGAAGUGGCUUAGUUUUCUCAGUACCAGGUAAGGAACAAGGAUGUUUGUCAACAAAUCUGUUGACUGUCUGGAGCAGCACAGUAACCAGCAAAAGCCCAUUAAAAAGGAUUUUGUUAAAUGUUAAUUUUUUGUUUUAUGGUAAGUUGAGCCAUUGAUAGUAAACUGUACCAUGCUGUUGACUCCAAAAUCAUAAACUUUUGUUUUGUGUAUCUUGGUUUUUUUGUGUGCUUUAUAGCGAAGCAGCCGGCGCGAGUCGCUUGUUCAUAAAACGUCUUAUGAAACUUGAGAGCACACCCCACUGGAGAUCCGGCUGUGCUUGCUUACGUUUGGUUCAUGACUUAAAAAACAAGUACAAGGGGUCAUUCCCGAUGAGGCCAAAGCUUUGUCGCUGUUGGCUCCAGCAAAUGCUGUCGCAGGCCUCCUGCCAGGUGGUGGUCUUCUCCCAACUCCAAAUCCACUUGCAUCGAUUGGAGGGGUUCCAUUGGCUGCCCUAGGAGGUCCUGCCCUUGAUCCUGCUCUUGCUGCUCUGGGCUUGCCAGGGUCUAACAUGAAUUCCCAGUCUAUGACUACUGAUCAGCUUCUGAAGCUUAUGACUUCUGUGGAUCCCAAGUUGAAUCAUAUGGCCUCAGGAAUGAAUCUGAACCAAGGUCUGAAGGCGGACUCCUCCAGCAAAGAGAUCGAAGAGGCGAUGAAACGGGUCAGAGAAGCACAGUCUUUGAUCUCUGCUGCGAUUGAACCUGGAAACAAGAAAGAUGAUAAGCGGAAGCACUCGCGCUCCAGGUCAAGAUCACGGCGGAGGAGGUCUCGUUCUCGGUCACGGCACAGGAGAUCAAAGAGCAGAUCAAGGAGGAGGUCACACUCAAGGAGUAGAAGGCGUUCUAAGAGUCCCCGGAGGAGAAAAUCUCACUCAAAGGAGAGAGGCAGGCGUUCUCGUAGCAAGUCCAGGGAUCGGAAAAAGGAAGAGAAGAUUAAGAAGCGGUCAAAAACUCCCCCGAAGAGCUAUAGCACCACUCGGCGAUCCAGGAGCAUCAGCCGUAGGCGUAGGCGAAGCCGCACCACCAGCCGGUCGCCAAAGAAGUCAAGAUCUCCAAAGAGGAAGCUCUCCAGGUCCCCCUCUCCAAGAAGACACAAGAAGGAAAAGAAGAAGGACAAGGACAGGGAAAAGGAGAGAGACAGGGAUCGUGAGAGAAAGGAGGAAAAAGACCGGAGCCGUGGGGAAAGAGAGCGGUCUACCAGCAAAAAGAAGAAAAACAAAGAUAAGGAGAAAGAACGGGAAAAGAAGUCUGACGGUGAGAAAGGAGACGUCAAGGUAACCAGGGAUUAUGAUGAAGAAGAACAAGGGUAUGACAGUGAAAAGGAGAGGGAGGAAAAGCGAGAUUCUGACCUGGCCUCAUCUCCGCACCUCAAAGAGUCAGUGGAGACUGCAGGGGAGGCGGUGAAGGAGCCUAAAGUCAAUGGUGAUGAUCACCACGAGGAGGACAUGGACAUGAGUGAAUGAAGGCGUACCCCAUGGUUCAGCUUUAGGGCCACCCCAUCAUUAUUCAUGUAUUCCUAUCAUUUGAGUUUUCUGUUCUUUUUAAAAGCAACAACUGAUAUGCUUAACAACCCAAAAGCUGUCAGGUGAAUUGAAUAGCAGUCUUAAAUUUAGAUGUAUAGUUUUUUAAUAUUUUAAUACAAUUUCCAUCCUUUCUGUAAGACAGUGUAGGAUUAGUGGGUUUAUUUCUCAGAAGGUGGAAUUUCUUGUGCAUGUUAAAUUUUCUUUUUGGUUCUAAUCCAUAUUUGUAAACGAUAUACAAUAAAAUGGCAUUAUUAACAGGGUUGAUUUUGGUAAAUCGAAAGCCUGUUUAUUAAAAUAAGCCUUGGUCUCCAUGCACAGUUUUUUUUAUGGGGGGCAGGGGGGGGCUUCAUUUAUUCCUGCACUAUACCAACAUGAAAUACUGUCCUCCCAAUGACUUGUGUAUAUUAAAAUAUUUCAUAAUGAGGAUUUUGGUUGUUGAAGUAGAUUAGAUUGAACUUGAUUUCUGUUUGGAAACCAUUCUUUCUACAGCUGUUUAAAGCAGUUUGACUGUGGAAAUAUACCCUCAAUCCAGACCUGUUCUGUAUCCAGUCUUGUGAUUUAAUAGUUAUACCAGUUCCCACUGAAAUACUCUAUGUAAACUCGGUUGAAACCUGUGUGUGAAUUAGACCACACUGUCAGUAUAUAAUUUGUAACGUUACAUCAGUGAAGAUCUUUGAUAAUAAAAGUUGAUGGGAAAUUUA